CACCACAUCCAAGCAAGGAAAACAGCACAACACACACCAGACCAGAGGAAGAGGGAAGGAGAGAGGCCAGGAUGAGGCAGGCGAGCAGGUUCAAGAGGAUGUGCGUCUUCUGCGGCAGCAGCCAGGGCAACAAGAGCAGCUACCACGCCGCCGCCAUCGACCUCGCCAACCAGCUCGUGGGCGGGGGCAUCGACCUGGUGUACGGCGGCGGCAGCAUCGGGCUGAUGGGGCUCGUCUCUCAGGCCGUCUACCACGGCGGCAGGCACGUCAUCGGGGUCAUUCCCAAGACUCUGAUGACCCCCGAGAUCGUCGGGGAGAUGGUGGGGGAGGUGAGGCCGGUGGGCGACAUGCACCAGCGCAAGGCCCAGAUGGCCAGCCUCUCCGACGCCUUCAUAGCCCUGCCCGGUGGGUACGGGACGCUGGAGGAGCUGCUGGAGGUGAUCACCUGGGCGCAGCUAGGGAUCCAUCACAAGCCGGUCGGCCUGCUGAACGUGGAGGGGUACUACGACUCGCUGCUCACCUUCAUCGACCAGGCCGUAGAGGAGGGCUUCAUCAACCCCGCAGCCCGCCGCAUCAUCGUCUCCGCCCCCACCGCCCACCAGCUCAUGGACAAACUGGAGGAGUACGUUCCUUACUACGAAAUGGUCGCGGCCGGGCUGGACUGGGAGGCGGAUCGCCUAGACUUCUGACCGUCGAGCAGACAUUCGCCAUUUCUGUCGGCGUGUGGCAUGCGGAUCGAACGAACGGUGUGCUAAAGAUUAGCCUAAGAUAAUAGCUAGUUCAGUUGUACUCGAUCGGUCUCGAUGGCCUAUAUAUGGGCUUCUUCAUGUUAGGGCGUGGUCAAUAUGAACUUCCGGUAGCAGGUAGCUAGUGCCCAACCUUUAUCUAUCUCAUUAAGUCAGUCAUCAGUAUUAGUUCUGAAGAUCCAGCAGCCGAGAUUCACUGAAGCAGGGUGCACUUCUUGGCAAUGAAUAAUACUCCAAAGAUUAUUCGGUUAUUUGAAGGCAGUUGUUUCAUCUUUUUUUU